AUGAUACCUCGUUUAAUCCGUCACCUACGUGAGCAAGAGCCGCACACGCGCUCGACAGACUAGAGCAGCACAGAACAGAACAAGGAAAGUGAUACAGAAUGGUCGCACCAGUCGCACAGGAGGAGCUGCCCAUCCUCGAGGCCGUAAUCAACAUCCGCAACCGUCUUACCGCUCUCAAACGAGAUCGCGGUGAAUUUAUCAAGGCUUCCGACGUCAACACGCUCUACCAGCAAGUCGUCAAGCAAGUCACCAAACUUAACGACGUCCGCGACGAGAGUCAGACAUACAACAACCGCGUCGACACCACUCUCGCCGAUGUCUUCCAGCUUCUCUCUCUAUGCUAUCUUACCCUCGGCCGCACGAAAGAGUGCCCCGCCGUAUACUCCCAGAUCGCCUCCAUGAGGCAAAUCCUCAACCACAUGAACGAAUCCGGAGUCUACAACGAAUCCGACCUCGCCCCCUUUCAUCGCCGGCUUGAGGAACUCCGCCAAAUAGUUCAGCAUGACGCUGAAAGCGGGAAGCAUCCGAGAGCAAUGACGACCCUUUUAGAACGCCAGCUGAACGAAUGCGAUGCUAUCGUGGAAUCGCUGCAAGAAUCUCUUUCCGUCCUCUCCGUUGAGCUUAUCCCCAUUCACGAACGGCUGGUCACCAUACGACGGCAGCUCGUUGCCCUUGCCUCAAAGGAAGGAUCGCAUAAAACUGAGCUCAAGCCGCUUCAGGAGGAGCUCAGAAAGAUCGAUUCGCAGCGUGUCGACGGCAAGUUUCUUGGUCCAGGCGGCAUCGUCCCCGCGUCCCAGGUGCUCUGCUCGUCGCUCCUAGAAGAGCUCUUUGAGAUAUUACAGGAGGUCAAGGCGCGAGAGGAUUCAAAGAACGUCGCGUCGUCUCUCAAGGCAAUAUACGACCGGCUCAGCCAGAUCCGCCAGGAGCUCGAGAACCUCGUGUUCACGCACCGGUGGAGUCUCCGCGAGACCGACCUGUAUAAUUAUCAGCUGAGUCUGCAAGAGAUCGACAAGAUGCGCGUAGACGGCAAGUUUAUCGACUCGGAAGAGAAUCGACCGCCGGGACAGUUUGUACUGCUAUACUUGCUCAGACGAUGUUAUGGCUUGAUCUACAGGCUGCUGUCCUCGAGUGAACCGGUGUCCGAAGAGCUUAUGCCAGUAGCAAAUAAGCUUUCCACAGUCAAGAAGUGUCUGAACGAAGUCUUGAAAUAUGGCGGCCCGUUCAGCCCUCGCGACUUAUAUCCCUAUCAACUUGCGCUGCACCAGAUAGAAUCCAUGCGUAAAGAGGGAAAGUUCGUUGGGGUGGACGGGAAUAUACCUGAAGGACAGGGUAUCGUCAUGGCGCAUCUGAAUGAGUGCCAUGAACUGUUGGAGAUGCUGAAAGAAUCCAUGGAUGAAGUAGAGGAUGAAGAGUUUGACGACGAUGAGGAUUUUGAUGAGGCAGAAGAAUAGGACUAGGCAGUACCAUUAUAAGCUCGUCAUCUUUUCAUAACCAUAUGGUAUACAUAAACCCCUCGC